AUGGAGCGAAAUUCCUCCAAAGCUGCGUCUUCUCUGGAUCGCGAUCAAGUGGACAGAAGCCAAGACCUCAAAGAUGGAACCUAUGUGAACCUUGCCGAGCCGGAUGAUUCCCCUGGCUCCGAUGCAGUCCUUACUUCUCUCUUCCGUCGGACCAAGAAACACGACCCCGACGCCAUCGCCACCACUAGAAGUGUAUUCGACGAUCCAUCCCUUGCACCAUUUUACCAACCCCAUCCAAAGUAUGAGAAUCUUCAUCGCUUCGACCCCAGCGCACGAUGGACCUAUCGGGAGGAGAACAAAGUCCGACGUAAGACAGACUGGUCAAUUCUUCUCUGGAUCCUGGUUAUGUUCUUCGGGUUGAACCUCGAUCGAGGCAACCUGAGCAACGCCAACUCCGACAACCUUCUCGGCGAUCUGAACCUGACUACGAACGACUACAACAAUGCGCAGAACAUGUACCGCGUGGGUUUCCUAAUUGCAGAAAUCCCUUCGCAGAUGCUCGGAAAAGCAAUCGGUCCUGAUCGGUGGAUUCCCGUUCAAAUCAUCUUGUGGAGCUUCGCAUCCGGAGGACAAUUUUUCAUGCACAACCGAGCGGGAUUCUUCGCGUGUCGAUUCUUCAUAGGGCUGUUCAUGGGCGGCUUUAUCCCCGAUUCCAUCUUGUAUUUGUCCUAUUUCUAUACCAAGGCGGAGAUGCCGUUCCGCCUGGCACUGUUUUGGUUCACUGAUUCGAUAUCGGGUGUCAUCGCAUCUUUCAUUGCGUACGGUGUCUUGCAUAUGCGCGGAGUUGACGGGCGGGAAGGAUGGAGAUGGCUUUUCCUAAUCGAAGCGCUGAUCAGUUUCGUGAUCGGCUGUUUAAGCUUCUUGUUUCUGGUCCCUGGACCCACUCAGACCAGAACGUGGUGGAACCCGAAAGGGAUCUUCUCGGAAAGAGAAGAGACCAUCAUCGUUAAUAGAGUGCUGCGUGAUGAUCCAUCGAAGGGCGACAUGCACAAUCGCCAAGCAUUGUCCCUGGGGAUGUUGUGGAAGAGUCUCAAAGACUAUGACCUCUGGCCGAUAUACAUCAUCGGAAUCAUGUUCGAGAUCCCGACGUCACCUCCGAAGUCUUAUCUGACCUUGUCGCUAACGGCGAUCGGCUUUUCCACAUUCCAGACGACCCUCUUGUCCAUUCCGGUGACUGUCUUUGCCGCUAUCAACCUUGUACUCGUCGCGCUCUUAUCUGAGUUCUGGGGCCAAAUCUCAAUUGUUUGCCUCCUGACCCAGCUGUGGUCGCUUCCACUCCUCAUUGUCCUCUAUACAUCUGCUGGAAGCCUUUCCAAUUGGGGGCUCUAUGCCGUCUCGUUCAUUUUACUGGGUUGGCCGAAUCCACAAGCUGCCCAGGUGAGUUGGUGUUCACGGUUGAGUAACAGUGUCAGAACCAGAGCAGUCGGUGCAGCGGUCUUUAAUAUCAUGAUUCAACUGUCUGGAAUUGCCUCUUCCAACAUUUACCGAUCGGAUGAUAAGCCUCUGUAUCGCCGUGGAAAUAGACAGCUGAUUGCGAUCAAUGUUGCCACUAUUGUCAUGUAUGCGCUGGCCAAGUUUUAUUAUGUCUCUCGGAACCGGUGGAAGAAGGCUCAAUGGGACAAGAUGACGGCCCAGGAGAAGGCGACUUACUUGGAGACAACCACGGAUGAGGGGAAUAAGCGACUUGACUUUUAUUUCGAUAGUUGAAAGAGUUAUUAUGCUGCUGGGGUAAUUCGCGGGUUGGUAGGAGACGUUCUUGUCAAAAGAUUUAGUGGUUAGUAGCGGACCGCAUUGGUGAAG